UGAUUCCUGAGAGUGGAUUCAGGUCAGUUAUGGUGGAAAUCGAUGGGUGUCUCUCUUGUCUGACAGCAGUGAGAGUGCUGCGAGUUGCCCUCGUGGAUGAGCUGGAAGGGCGGAUCGAGUCCCUGCUGGAGGAUUUGGUGAGUCGGGGAGUGUUCAGUCGGGAUGACCGGGAGCAGGUCUUGUGUCAGCCGGGGCCUCGGGCCAGGGUGAGGAAGGUGCUGGAUAUCCUGGAGUGCAAAGGUGAGGAGGCAGCGAGGGUGUUUUUCUCUGUUAGAGGCCAUCGUGAGCACUCCAAGGACAGAGGCACGGUUCAGAAUCAGCACAAAGACUAUGUCAAGGUGCAACAAAAACACAAAGAUGUUCUCAGACGCAGGAGUGAGAACAUGCUCUUCUACAACAGCAGACAUGGAGAGAAAAUCCUCUUUUCCGAACAUUACGUCAACCUGCUGUUAGUCGACGGACACCAGGGCCUGGAGAUGAAAAGACACGAGGUGCUCACCUUCGGACAAAAAAGACUCUUGUUGCAACAGAAGUCGGCGCCGCAGAGGAAAAUAACGCCGUCUGAGCUGUUUUCAAGAACGACCGGCAAAAGUCCGAUAAAGAAGGUCCUGGUAACGGGAGUGGCGGGAAUUGGGAAAACUAUCCUGGUGCAGAAGAUGCUUUUGGAUUUUGGGAGCAACAAGGACUUUCUCGCGUUCGACUUUGUUAUUCACAUGAGCUUCAGAGACUUGAAUCUGAUUGACAAACCCACAAAUCUCCGUGACCUGGUCCUGCGCAAAAACAGCCACCUCGCUAAAGAGCUUGAUAGCAUCUUGGUUAACGACGACAAACUCCUCAUCAUUCUGGAUGGGUUCGAUGAGUUCAGACACUACAAGAGCUGCGAUGUUGAUGUGUUUGUGACGGAGCCCGAAGAAGACGCAGAGGUGACGGUGAUUUUAGGGAGUUUGUUGCUCGGUGAACUUCUACCCAAUGCUUCUGUCAUGCUAACAAGUCGGCCUACAACCAUCAACCACAUCCCAGUAGGCUGCAUCGACCGCUUUGUCCUUAUUGCCGGUUUCUCCUUAGUCGAAGUUCAAGAGUUCUUUGAACGAUAUUUUCAAAAUGCAACUAUUGCUAACUAUAUGUUUUCAAAGGUAUCGGCACACGAACUGAUACUCACGCUAUGCUACAUACCUGCAUUUUGCAACAUUGUCUGCUGCAUCCUCAAAGAUAUCAAAGAUCUUUGUGGAGAAAGCCCCAAAACCAUGACGGAUAUUUAUGUGCAGUAUGUGGCGGCUUUGCUUCGUUCUCAUACCCAAGCAAGAACUGAGAAGUGUCUUCCAGAUGACAAACCAAGAACCGACCAGCAGCUGUCUGAGAUUGUGCUGAAGCUAGGUCGGCUUGCCUUCAAAAAGCUCAUGGAGCAUCAAACGCUCUUCUAUAGCAGUGACCAAGAUGUCGUUGCCUUAGAUGGAUGGAGCCUCGUCAGUACCUUCCUCGACAAGACCGUUGCGCAAGAACCCGGCUGCACCGAGGAGGUUUUCUCCUUUGCUCAUCUCACUGUUCAAGAGUUCUUCGCUGCACUUUACUGCGCGAUGACAGAUCAGCCUUUACCUGAUGGGGUUCAGAGCAAUGUGAGUCCAGAAGAGGAAAUGAACAACGGACACUUGGACCUGUUCAGCCGCUUCCUAUCAGGGAUCGUCUCCGACCGAAACACAAGUUUUCUGUCCAGACAGUUGGGGCUGUGCUGCCACAAGGAAAAAGCGGAAACUUAUCGUCGGAAAAUCAUCACGGAUCUUAAAGUGCUCUGCCAAAACGGAGCUCACAUUCUGAACUGUUUGCACUGUUUGUUCGAGCAACAGGAUCCCUCUUUGGCGUCAGAGGUUCAGCAAGUUGCACUUCGAGUUAACGUUAGUGACGAAACACUCUCUCAGAUGGAUYAUAAUGCCAUCAAGUAUUUCUUAAACCUGACAGAAGGAAAGCUCUCAGAGCUGGAUCUCACAGGAACUGGAGUAARCUGUGAUUCCCUGAGAGAUAUUCAGCCAUUUCUGUACAGAUGUGASAGACUUUGGUGAGUUUCAGGUAAAAUGGAGCUUUCCGCAUUUUUAAUUGUUCAUUACACAGUUCUGAGCAACUUGAAAUGUACACACCGACCAAAUAAAAGGUAAAUAUCCAGGUGGAGGRAUGGUAGUAAAACUGUGUUGAAAGGUCAUGUCACUGCAAUGCAAUGAUUACAAUAAGGGACAAGUUCAAGCAGCCUUUCAGGUGAGUCAUGCAGCCUUGGGCAGGGCCAGAGGGGUGGCUGGGGUGACAGAUUUUCAUCUCUGUAUGUUUAAAAAUCGCUGAAUUAUUUCCCUUUGUAAAAUUAGCAUUAGCGUUAGUGGUUAGCUUAAUUUGGGAUUAGCAUUGGCAAUCGGUAUGCGAUCAUUUUUAGCAACAACACAAUAAAUUUGAUCUCAACAAGUCUUAAAAUGUCUGAACUAUAGCCUUUUUAAAGUUGUAUGUGGUGGGCAGCUAAGCUAUGUGGAAUCAUUUCGAAUUUUCAAAUCCAGUGUUUUCUUUAUCUGAAUGGACAACCUAAAAAACAUGGCCACCCCUUGCAGAAAAGUCUGGCUCCACCUCUGCAUGCAGCCUUUGUACCCUCUCUAAUGGCACGUAGUCCCUCAGCUGUUGUAAGUGGCCCUCAGAAGUUCAUAGAUUGGCAAUUUGU